AAAGUAUUUUAGAAAGAUUUGAGUAUAAAAAUUUAUUUUUCGUACUAUCUUCUUAAUGUCAAUUUAAAACAACAAAAGCAGCUAUUUAAAUUGUGGCAACCCUGUUAGCAUCGAAAAUGCUAUUUGCGUGGAAGAUAAUAUAAUAACAAAUUCAAUAAUUUUCUUUAUGAAUGUUUGAGGUUUUGUUAUCUCUACUACUAAAUUUAGGAUCACGUUCUCAUAACUAAUAUAAUAAAUUGAAGCAAUUAAAUGAAAAUUUUGUACCUAUUGCUUAUAUUUAAUACGUUUCACUGUAUUCCAUAUGACUAUGUCGCUUUAGUGGACAUUUAAUGGAAUUACAAUCAACAGAGAUUUAAUGUACCAUCAAACUGUGAAGUGCGAGAUUGAUAAAAUAGAUUUUAUGUUUUAGUUUAAAAAUAUGUUAAAUGGGUGCUUGACCUUUAACUAGUUUUUCAUAAAUUAAGACAAAUCCGGCUCUGUGCUGCGUCAUUCAGUACCGUUCAAUAAAACUGCUAUACGAAAAUGACCUUUACCACACUUCUCUAUACGUCUAGGCCACGUUCGCCAUUUACCUGCAUAACUAGAAGCUCGAUCAACAAGCCUCUUCCACAAUCGACCAGUGGAAGAAUCCGUCUGUCGCCAUUUCCCUUAAGUGCUAGUGUUUGUGGUUGUGCAUCUUUUUUGUUGUGUUUAUACUCUAGAUUUUGACUUAUACGAAGUUAAUGAUGGAAUUAAAAGUGGAAUCUGUUAACCUCUUUGAUUUAGGCAAAAUUUGUAGAGCAUGUUUAACGGAAAAGGGUGAAAUGCGAUCAAUUUUUAUGCAGGAUGAUUCUACAGGACAACCGUUGGUCCUGGCAGAAAUGAUAAUGGAGUUUACUUCUGUACAGAUAAAAGAUGACGAUGGUUUACCAUCAUUAAUUUGUUUACAAUGUUGUCAUGAAAUAAGUAGAUCAUAUUCAUUCAAGCAACUAUUUGAACAGAGUGAUAUAAAUCUUCGGACCUAUUUGGGUAAACCCAUCGACCAUUUUCCAAAACCUAGUAAAGAUGAACUCGCACAAAACGAUUUUACCAAUAACUUUUUUUUGGAUAAUUUUGGCAUUAUUUCAUCUUCAGAUAGUAGUGACGAAGAGAGUUUGAAAGAUGAACUUAUCGCAUUACAAUCUACCUUUCCUGAAAAUUCAAAUGAUGAAAAAGUUAUUGCUCAAAAACAGCUCCUAAAAGCUUCGAAAUUCCACAAAACUCGAAUGUCCAGAAAGAAAAUAUUAGCAAAAGGAGGUAAAUCAGCAGCACUAUCAGCCAAACGUAUGAAACGUAAUAUGAACCAGUGCAAUGUUUGUAAAAAGCAAUUCAUCAAUCUAAAGUCAUUUCGGAAACAUCUAAGGACUCAUAUAGAAGAUAGACCCUUUAAAUGUAAACUGUGUCCUAGAGGAUUCACAGAAGAAAAUUAUUUAAACAACCAUAUGCGUACCCACGUUCCAGAUGAACAGAAACCUCAUGAAUGUGAAGUAUGCAAAAAACGUUUUAUACAUAGUACAAUGUUAGCUAAACACAUGCUUAAACAUAGUGGAGAAAAACCAUUUGUAUGUAAGAUUUGUAAUAAAGGAUGUUACGCUGAAAACAGUCUUCUAAAGCAUAUGAAAAUUCACGAGAAAAAAGAAGGAGAUCCAGCUUUAUUAAAACAUAUAUGUGAUUAUUGUAAGGUUGAAUUUCCGGAUCAUCAAAGUCUCUCUGUACAUAUCAAACAACAUACUGGUGAUAGACCAUUUGCUUGUAACAUUUGUGGAAAGUGUUUUCCGCAGAGGUUCAAUUUGGAACUGCAUUCCAGAACUCAUACAGGGGAAAGACCAUUCCAAUGUGAAAUUUGUAAAAACGGUUAUGUAUCGAAGGCUAGUCUUAAAAUUCAUAUGAGGACUCAUACUAAUGAACGUCCAUUCGUUUGUGAUUUCUGUGGAAAAGCUUUUAGACAAUCUGGAGAUUUAACUAGCCACAAACGACUUCAUGGUACUGAAAAACCCAUAGAAUGUUGUAUUUGUCAAAAAAGAUUCACGACUGUGAUGAAAUUGAAAUAUCACAUGAGGAACCAUACAGGAGAACGCCCUUACGUUUGUAGUGUGUGCGGUCGUGGUUUUACAGUGAACACUAUUCUUUUGCGGCAUAUGCGUGUCCAUUCUGGCGAAAGACCGUAUGUGUGUGUCACUUGUGGUAAAGCUUUUUCCCAAUCGAGUACACUCAACACCCAUAUGAAAGUGCAUGCGUCUUCUAAUAAUCAAGAACGUGCAUCAAAAUAUACAGUAAACGAAGAACCGAAGUUUCAGUCUCAAACGAAUCAACAACAGCAACAAAAUCCGCAAGAUCAUAAUAGAAUGAUGCAACAGCAGGAUAACCGAAUGUUGAUACAAACACAGCAGUUGAGUGAUGGUACAAGAAUUGUAACAGAUCCCACACAACUGUUGGGAGAUCAUAGGGGAUUGAUAAGUGACACAAGGUUGAUAAAUCAUGAGGGACCAAGAUUACUAGUAGACGUUUCUGAACCUCCUCCACUAAGACUAUUGGUUACUGAUAAUACAAGUCUAGUUUCUAACGAUAACAGACUAAUUACUCAAGAUAACAGACUCAUUGCAAGGGUUAACGUUAAUGACAAUAGACAUUUGCCUGUUCUAGAUGGUUCUAGAAUAUUAACUAGUGAUAAGUAUCUAGCUACUUAUGAUCCCUAUCAAAGAGGUCACUUAUAAAAAAUCAGGAUCAUAGUGGUUAUUGGACGUUUUAUUGUUGUACUACUCAAUUUUCUAUAUUCAAUAACAUCAAUUUUAGUUAAUUGAUAUAUUCUUUUAAAUAAACAAUAAUCAUUGAACUGCAUUUGAAGAACCCAUGGCUUGGUUAUACUGUAGAAUCUCUAAAACUCGAAACUUAUUAAGUCGAAAUCCUCCUUUCUUUUGGCUAAACCUCCAAAUACUAGGUAUCUCCAAUUAUUUAGACUUAACUCAAAUGACAUAUGAGUCGUUCAGUGCUCAAAGUAACUAACUCCAUAAAAGAAAAAGUUGAGAAAUAUGAUGACAUAGUUUAAACUGUUUUUUAAAAUUUGUUAUGAUAUAAAUCCCAAUAUAUAUAUUGUAGAAUGCAUAAAUACAGGUGUAGCUUCCAUCUAACGGUAUAUAAAAUUAUUAAGAAGGAACAGCCAAAACAUAAUCGUCAGUAACGCUACAGUUUUAAUGUGACUGGUGGAGUUCAGUUCUAUUAAAAUGAGUAAAUUGUUGAUUUUUUUAGGAAACUUUCAAGGCGUAUUUUGAAAUUUAAAAGGGGGGUCAUACUCUACAUAUCAUUUAUCCGUUGAGUUGCAUGGCACUACGAGACCCUGUUGUUUUUCGCUUAAUUAAUUAGAAUAUUUAAAACAAAUACUGAGUGAAUCUAUAUCGCUCGAAAUGAAAGGGAUAAAAAGAAUAACUGUGUUGAUUAUUUGUUACCCCUCAAAUAAAUAUACUUAUGAACAUAUAAAUUUCGCUUAUCAUAAGCUAGGAAUGUGGCCAGCUGGGGAAAGGCUUUCCAAGAGAAAGAAAAUAGUCUGUAUAAUAUCAUCAUCUUCAGCUGCUUGAAAAACAUUUACCGUCAUCAUUCAACGCUUGGUGAUGCAUUUGAAUUGCGUUACUGGAACGAAUUACAUAAGAAUAUGGAGUUAGUAAAAAUUGCUUAUGAAAUAAAUUACUUAUUAUUCAACGACUAAAAAAAAUUUUGCAGUUUAAUGUUAAUCUUCAUUAUUCGGGAAAGUUAUUAUAUAAAAAGUUAUGCUUUGACACUUGAAUUUGAGAUUUUUCAAAAAGUGGAAUUAAUCGAUUUGUGCUAAUAUAAUUCAUCAAACCGAUUCAGUGGAUAUUGAAGAAAUUCUUUUAAAUGUUAAAUGAUUUCGAUAUUGAAACUUAAACCGAUUUUUUUUUGUUGAAUCAAUAUCUCGAAAAAUAUGUAUAUUCAAAAAUCUUGUCUUCGUAAGUUGAAAUUUUAGCCAUAUUUAUAUUUUUUUGUGAAUUAAAGUUUUUUGCAUUUCCUUUGACAUUCAAGAUAUGGAUAUGCUAUUGUACUAAAGUAAAUAAGCAUUUUACACGACCAAACUUUGUUGUGUACCUUUCUUAUGUCUUAACUACCAAAGAAAUUUCUACUGAAUAUUUUAAAAUUAUGUAGGAACAUUUUUCAUUAUGUAAAUUGGGUGAUUAUUGCUUACAAUUUGAAAGUUUUGGAAAAAGUUGAGUAGUUCAAAUAAUUUCUACAUAUCACAAUUUCUAGUUAAACUAACAUAUUCUGCUCAAACUUUAUACUUUUACUCAUUAUUGAUAACGAUUUUUCUAAAAUUUAUUUAUUUGUAGAUUUAUAAUUACAGUAAGACCUCUCUAAACGCUUUUUUGUUUAGCGCAGUUUUAUUUCAACCCGGGGAUUCCCCGAAAUUGUGCGCUGAGCUAGUUUUCCAAAUAUGUCCAAAACAGUGUAAUUGUGUUUCUUGUUUGGUGCAGUGCUGUACAGACGCAUUUAUAUCCUGUGAAUAGAAACAAGAACCACUAUUAGUUUAUCACUCCAAAAACCCAAGAGCAAUGAAAAGCAGAUCUAAAUCAACUUUACCUCUGAUUUGAUAGUCUAAUAUGAAAAUGUUCCAGGAUUGAUUCACUGAACUGUCUGAACGUAAUUGAGGAAUUAAAAAACUUGAACAAAGAGCACUAGUAUUAAUUGAUAAUGCUCCAAGCCACCCAAUAAAUUUAUCAGACUUGACAACAUGCAUUCCACUCGAAGUGUUUUUCUGAGAGAAUUCUGGAAUAACUACAAUAUCAUGAAAUAUGUUGAAAACAUAAACCUUUCUUGGAAUAGGGUUACAGAAAGAUCUUUGAAAGGGGCAUGGAAGAACAUUUGGGUAGAUUUAAGUAAGAUCAAAGAUAUUGGACAUUAUGUCGAUAUAGAUCAAAUAGUGAAAUUACCGAUACAAACUGGUGUAGAAGAGGUAAAUGUGAAAGACGUCGAAUAGUUCAAUAAACAGCAGCUAGUCUUUCUAAUGAUGAACUCAAGAAAUUAAAUGAGCAAAAAAUAUUGUUCUAUGGCGUUUGUAAAAUGGAGUUUGACUACUAUAACUGAAAUUAUGGACCAAUUUGUUGAAUAUGAUUCAAAUUUUCACAGAAGUUCAAAAGCAAGACGGGGUUUUAUAGAUGUUUUAUCCACUUAUCAACAACUUCUAAUAAAACGCAAACUGAUUAGAUGCCUUCUUGAAAAAAAAAAAAAAAAAGGCAGAAAAUUGGAAAUACAAAAUUGAUUAAUCUGUAUGACUUAGAAUUUUUUUUUAUAAGUAUAUUCUUUUAUAUUGUUUCCAUUUUUGUAAGAUAAAUAUUUAGUUUUAUUUAUAUUAAAAAAAAAUCCUAAUUUUAAUAUCCAUCUUCCACUACCCCCAUCAUUUACAUGUUAAGAUAGCUUCGUUUCGCUUUACGCUCUACAUUGAUGGAACGUAUCCUGCACGUUAAGCAAGGUCUUGUAUGGAUUUGGAGUCUCAUGUUCUCCGUGACCCAAAGGAUUUAUUGUGUCCUCCUUUCUUGCUGCGAUACUGAAGAACCCGUGUUUACAGCUGAUCCAUUAAUCCCACUCCUUUUAACAAGUUUAGAAUGUCUUAUAUUUCAAGUGCUCUGAAGUUCCUUAGUGUUUUACACUUGGAGAGAAUGUGGGUUAAGGUUUCAUCCUCUGUGCAACAAAAUCUGCACGCCGCAUUAUCUGCUUGGUCUAGCGUUUGUAGGCGACAGUACCUCGAUACUCCUGUUGUAUUCGUAGAUUGUUCUUACUUCGGUUGAUACAUUCGGCAGAUCUACUCUGGUUCUAGUUUCCCAGAAGAGUAUUUGCCUGUCUCAGCUCCUGUAGGUUGUCCCAAUAAUUGGUUUUGCUUCUAUCUACCUUGUUUUCCAGUGGUUUUUCCACUGUAGCUCUUACCACAGAAGGUUCGGCUCUCAUAUAGGGCUUUUCUGUCCCACUUUAGCGAGCUUAUCAGCUAUUUAAACGAACCCAAGCGACACGUUGGCAAUUGAGGUGUUACGAACGCCUAGUCGCCACUAGAGGAGCUACCCUGCUCUUAGAGAUUAGGCACGUGCGGUUUUGCUUACUUUUGUGACACGGGGAGAAGUGAGUAAAUAAUUGUAGUGCAUCUGAUUAUGUAAUACUUGAACGGUCCCUAAGAAUCAACCCCAGAACUUUCCUAUCCUGAAAUCGAAUAUGAUGUACCCACCUCCUUAUUUUUAAUGUAUUAGAAUCGACAUUUACUAUCGGUUUUGUAAUACCUUGUAAUAUAUAGUGGCGUUUUAGUUAAUGUAAGUAAUAAAUUAUUUUCUACUG